AUGGUCCUUUCUGCGGCUGCAAGCUUUUUUGAGCUAGACUCAAACAACAUGGACACAAUUUCGCUCUCGUGUUACAUUUUCUGCUGCAUACCACUUAGAAGACCUACAAAGCGCAAUUUAAGUAGUUCUGUCGCGUUUUAUUCAACAUGA